UAUUUAUUUUUAAUGUCGCAAUAGUUUGUGAUAAGAAAAAUUAAAACUAAUACUUCAAUAAGCAAAAUAAAAAAAAUACUAAAAAAUGUAGAUUUCUAUUGAAAUUGAAAUUUUCAAUUCUCAUCAAUUUAUAUUAAUAUGAUAAAAUGAAGGCGUUCUUGAACUAAUCAAGACCUUAUCAGAUAAGGUGUCAAUAAAGAUUUAGUUGUACUAACGUUUAAGAAAAUGUAAAAUGAUACCUUUAAAAUAUUGUGAGUUAAUUUUUUAUACAUUGUUCGUGAUUUUUAAUGGACAUAAUGUUAAAUGUUAUCAAAAUAAAAGUAUAACAGUUGGCAUUGUACGUAAUUUAAGUGUAACAGUUUUUCAAGAUCGUGAAUUUAAUAAUUCUGAUAUAUUAAAAUUUAAUAUUUCUUGGUUACCACCAGUUAAUGACAAAAAGUCACCCACUUCCUACAGUAUUUUAAUAUCGUCUAUAUUAAAUAAUGAAGAAACGGAAAACAAAACAUCUUGUCCUAAGGAAUCUCUUUAUUAUACAACGAAAAAUAAAAAUGAAUUACAAGUCUCAUUACCUAAAAGAACAUUUUUAACAGAAAUUUCCGAAUUUAAUAUUCAUCUCAAAUGUACUUAUAAUAUUCAAAUUUUCGCUAAUCCACGAACACAUUCAUUACAAACUGCGUCGAAAAUCUUUACCGUACCGGAUUGUGUGGGUUUGACAUGUAGUUGUCAAAAAUUGAAAAAAUUAUUUCCUGAUAUUCAAAUUCAAACAAAAUUCUUAUUCAAUGGUGAUAUUUUAAUAAAAUGGAAAUUAAAUUCAACUGAUUCGAGAAUUUCUGCUUAUAUUAUCAGCAUAGGUUUGCCAAUUUUAGUGUCAAAAAAUAAUAUUCCUGUUUUUAAGAAAUCGAAAAUAUUUCAAUUACCAGCAAGUAAUUUUUCAUUUUUAUGGAAAAAAGAUGAAAAUAUUAUUUAUAAUGUUAGUAGUGAAACAAUAGUUUUUGUAUCUGCAAUAGAUGAACGUGGUUGUCAAGGAAAUGAAGCAAGUACAAAAGUACAAUUUUUUGAAGAGGAAAAUACAAACGAAAAUAUAAUUUUGACACUUCUUGGAAUAAUAUUUUUCAUUAUUGCUGUUAUUGGUAUUUUAAUAUCUCUCUAUUUCCGUCGCAGAAAGGGAUAUAAUGCCACUUUUUUCGAUAAAGGACUUCCUCGAAACAGAAUUGACCUAAUUUUGCAGAAUCAUAAUAUUUUAUAUGUCAAUCAAGAAACUGAUGAAGUGAACAAAAAAAAGAAGAUGUUGAGUCACGAGAAUUAUGAAAUUAAUUUUAAAAAUGUUGAAUUAAAAAAAGAAUUAGGCAGAGGACAAUUUGGAAGAGUAUAUCUUGCGUAUCUUCAAGAUAAAAAAAUUCAAGUGGCUGUAAAAAUGUCAACUUCUGAUGUAAUUUAUGAAGAAGAUGCAAAAAAGCAAUUAUUGGAAGAAAUAGAAAUUAUAAAAGCAGCUGGUUCACAUCCCAAUCUUGUAAGUCUUGUGGGAUAUUGUUUGUCACUAAAAAAUCCUAUUUGUCUAAUUCUUGAAUAUAUGGAAAAAGGAGAUUUACUUUCUUAUUUAUACUCGUUAAGAGACAAGGAUAUUGACUUUGAAAUUAAAUAUUCCAAUAUUUCUAAUUCAAAAUCUAAUACAAGUGAGACAAUUUUUGAUUUUGGAGAACAAACCCUUCCACUGCUUUACAAGGAAAAUAAUUAUAACAAAGAACAAAAUUAUGAAAUUAAAUCUAAAACUAAAUUUGUUGAAAGAAAACAAUUUUUAUGUUUCGCUUUACAAAUUGCUCUCGGAAUGGAACAUUUAGAAAGUAAAACAAUUAUUCAUCGGGAUCUUGCAGCAAGAAAUAUUUUAAUUGAUUACAAUUUUAAUUUAAAGAUUUCUGAUUUUGGACUGUCUCGAAAUGGAAUAUACGUGAUGGGUAAUGGAAUUGGAGGUGUUCGACGACUUCCAAUUCGAUGGAUGUCACCAGAAACACUUCGCGAAAGAGCAUUUUCAUCUAAAAGUGAUGUCUGGUCGUUUGCAGUUGUUUUAUGGGAAAUAGGAACAUUAGGAAUGUUUCCAUAUUCGAGUAUUCAAGAUGAUGACCUGUUAAAAUAUAUUUUAAGUGAUAAAGGCCGAUUAUCUAAACCUGAAAAUGUUGACAAUGAUAUUUAUAAUUUAAUGAACAUUUGUUGGUUCUCAGCACCAGAACGAAGACCAUCUUUUGGUGAUUUAGUUACUCUAUUUAAUAGUUUAUCAACACAAAAUUGUUCAUUAGAUAAUUUCAGUCAAAAUAAUCCUUGUUAUUCGUUGUUGACUUCCAAUCAAAAUUAAUUACAUAAAUUAAAUUAUUAUUAAUUGUGAUAAAAGAUGUUUUAAAUAGAAAAUGUACCUGAUUGUAAAUAGUAAAUAAAAAAAUAAAGAUUGAUAAAUAAAUUAUUUUUAAUAAUAAUA